AAUUUAAAAUAGUACUAAAUUCCGGCGUCAAAAAAGACUUCCAAAGAAGCAGAGAAUGACAUUUAGAGAGAUAAGGUUGAGGAAAAAAGAAACUAACCACAUGUUUUUAUGGAUAACGCUUAGUAUAGAGUAUUUGGACACCAAUGUGCUGUCCAAAUUACACUGUUUUAUCAUUAGUCAGAAAGGGAGGGGAAUUGAAGAACAUGAUGGCUACUGAUGCAGAAGAAAAUCAAGUAGAACACGGCUCUUGUUAUGACAGGCAAAGGGAGCUUAAGCUUCUUGAUGAAUCAAAAGCAGGUGUGAAGGGCCUUGUUGAUGCUGGUUUGUCUAAGAUUCCAAGGAUCUUCAUUCAUCACAACCUUAACACAUCUUCAUCCUCUGCUACCAAUAAUGAUGUUAGUAUUCCAGUCAUUGACUUGGGAUCACUGCAUGAACAAGGUAGCUCACGGCAUGAGAUCAUUGAGAAGGUGAAAGAUGCUUGUGAGAAAUGGGGGUUCUUUCAAGUGGUCAACCAUGACAUUCCACAGUGUGUUCUGGAUGAAAUGCUUGAUGGGGUGCGCAGAUUUCAUGAGCAGGAUUCUGAGGUGAAGAGAGAAUUCUAUUCACGUGAUGAUUCAAAGAGGGUGUUGUACAACACCAACUUUGAUUUGUACACAACUCCUGCGGUUAAUUGGAGGGAUACAUUCUCUUGUGUAAUGGCUCCAAGGCCUCUUGAUCCUCACCAACUCCCUUCAAUCUGCAGAGAUGUCAUAAGUAAGUACACAGAGUAUGUUAAGAAAUUGGGACUAGUUUUAUUUGAAUUGCUUUCUGAAGCAUUAGGCCUUAAUCCCAAUUACCUUAAAGACAAAGAUUGUGCAGAAGGGCUUUUCAUGCUUAAUCAUUAUUACCCUCCUUGUCCUGAACCUGAACUCACUCUGGGAACAAGUGGCCAUUGGGAUUCUGGCUUCCUCACCCUUCUCCUACAAGAUCAAGUUGGUGGACUUCAAAUCUUCUAUGAAAACCAAUGGGUUGAUAUCACUCCUGUUUCUAAUGCUCUCAUUAUUAACCUUGGUGAUAUGAUGCAGCUGAUCACAAACAAUAAGUUUGUGAGCUCGAAGCACAGAGUUUUGGCUCAAAAAAUAGGUCCGCGAGUUUCGGUUGCAUGCCUUUUUAGACAGCAUCUUGAACCUGAGACUUCAAAAGUAUAUGGACCAAUAAGGGAGUUGGUGACAGAAGAAAAUCCUGCAAUGUACAAAGAUAUCACAGUGAAGGAGUUUGUUACGCACUAUUAUGCAAAAGGACUUAAUGGUGUCUCUGCAUUAGAACACUUCAAGCUAUAAUAAUAAUACAUACACACAAUUGAGAGUUUCAGCAUUUCCUCAAAUUGAGUACGAAAUAAGAACUCUGAAAUCUGUGAAGUUGUGAUCAUGUCUUCAUGAUAUAGAAAACUAUUAAGUUAUGUAACAGGCUACUUUUUCGUUUUUUUUCUUCUUUGGUUACAAUUGUGACUUGUUACUUAAUUUAUGCCUAAUUUUAGAUGCGUUUGUGUUC